AUGGUCCUCAAGCAGGUCGUGCUCCUCCUGCUGCUCUCCGUCCUGUGGCCCAGCAGCGCCCUGCCCUUCACACCCGGGAAUAUUGGGAAACUGUUUGGCAUGGCGGAGAGCGAUGGGCGGAUUCUCCAGCGCUCCAAACGGGGAUGGAUGUGGAAUCAAUUCUUUCUGCUCGAGGAAUACGCAGGAAACGACCAUCAAUACGUCGGGAAGCUGCACUCCAACAUGGACAAAGGGGGGGGCAACGUGAAGUACGUGCUGACGGGGGAAGGGGCGGGCACCUUGUUCCUGAUCGACGAGAAGUCCGGGGACAUCCACGCCACCAAGAGGCUGGACCGGGAGGAGAAAGCCAUGUACACGCUCGUGGCCAAAGUCCUGGACCGGAACACCAACGCGGAGCUGGAGCCCGACACCGAGUUCAACAUCAAGAUCCACGACAUCAACGACAACGAGCCCAAGUUCGCCAAAGACAUCUACUUCGCCAGCGUCCCCGAGAUGUCGGAAGUUGGUACAUCUGUCGUCACCAUCACUGCCAAUGACGCCGAUGAUCAAACGUAUGGGAACAGUGCCAAGCUGGUAUAUAGCAUUCUGCAGGGACAGCCCUACUUCUCUGUGGAUUCUGAAAAUGGCACCAUAAAGACGGCCCUGCCCGGUAUGGACCGAGAGGUGAAGGAGCACUACCAGGUGGUGAUCCAGGCUAAAGACAUGGCCGGUCAGAUGGGAGGCCUCUCAGGAACCACCACGGUCAGCAUCACGCUGUCCGACGUGAACGACAGCCCGCCGCGCUUCGCCAACCAUUCCUUCCGUAUGACGGCCGUGGAGUCGACGGAGGUCGGGGGGGCGAUCGGCCGCAUCAAGGCCGACGACCCGGACGUGGGGCGGAACGCGGAGAUGGAGUACAGCAUUGUGGGGGGGCACGACAUGUUCAACAUCAUCACUGACCAGACCACACAGGAGGGAAUCAUCAUCAUCAAGAAGGCCCUGGAUUAUGAAAGCAAGAGGGACUACGAGUUCAGGGUGGAGGUGAAGAACACCUACCUGGACGCCCGGUUCAUCAGCGGCCUGCAGUUCAUAGACCACGCCACGGUCAAGAUCACCGUGGAGGACGUGGACGAGUCCCCCGUCUUCACCCGGAACCCGUACGUCAUCGAGGUGCACGAGGACACGGCGGCCGGCAGCUUCGUGGGCGUGGUGUCGGCCAGGGACCCCGACGCCGACAACAAGCCGGUGAAAUACUCAAUCGACCGGCACACGGAUCUGGAGCGGCUGUUCAACAUCGACUCGGUGAACGGAACCAUCACCACCUUGAAGGCUCUGGACAGGGAGAUGUCCAAAUGGCACAACAUCUCUGUGGUGGCAACAGAAAUCAAUAACCCCCGUCAGACCACGCGAGUCCCCGUCUUCAUCAAGGUGUUGGACGUGAACGAUAACGCUCCGGAGUUCGCGAUGUCCUACGACACCUUCGUCUGUGAGAACGUCAAAGCAGGACAGCUGAUUCAGACCAUCAGCGCUGUGGACACGGACGAACCCCUCGUUGGACACAAGUUCGUCUUCAGCAUGAGCUCCACCAACCCCAACUUCACCAUCGAUGACAGACAAGAUAACACGGCCAACAUCCUGACGCGGAGGGGCGGCUUCAGUCGGCGUGAGAUGAGCGUGUACUUCCUGCCCGUGGUGAUCUCGGACAACGACUACCCGAUCCAGAGCAGCACCAGCACGCUCGUGGUGCGUGUGUGUGCGUGCGACAGCCGUGGGAACAUGCAGACGUGCAACUCGGAGGUGCUGCCCUUCUCCGACGGCCUCACCACGGGAGCGCUGGUGGCCAUUCUGCUCUGUGUCAUCAUCCUCCUCAUGAUCGUGGUGCUGUUCGCCGCCCUGAGGAGACAGAGGAAGAAGGAGCCUCUGAUCAUCUCUAAGGAGGACGUCAGAGACAACGUUGUCAGUUACAACGAUGAGGGCGGCGGAGAGGAGGACACUCAGGCCUUUGAUAUCGGCACGCUGCGCAACCCGGAGGUGAUGGAUGCUAACAAGCUGCGCAGGGACAUCAUACCCGAGAUGCUGUUUCCCUUUCGGAGGACAUCACCGAUAAAGGAUAACGCGGAUGUCAGAGACUUCAUUAACGGGCGGCUGCAGGAGAACGAUACCGACCCCACGGCCCCCCCCUACGACUCCCUGGCCACGUACGCGUACGAGGGCGGCGGGUCGCUGGCCGAGUCCCUCAGCUCGCUGGAGUCCGGGGCCACCGAGGGGGACCAGGACUACGACUACCUCGGCAACUGGGGGCCACAGUUCAAAAAGCUGGCAGAGAUGUACAUCGGGAAGAGCCCCGACAGAGAGACCUAG